AUGGCCGACGAGGCAGGGGAGGUAAACACAGCUGUAGAGGAUAGCGAAGCAGAACAACAGCUAGAUGAGCCCGAAGUUUCGGAAGCCGCGCCCGAGGCCGAGUCCGGCGGCAGCGACGGGCAGGAGCGGACGGAGAAGCCAGCUCCGGCCGCGACGGAGAACAGCUGGUCGGCUCCUAUCCUGUCUCUGGCUCGGAAGGCCACGGAGACGAUUAGCAGCGGGGUGAGCUACGCUGCUGCCCAGAGACACCCCUCACAGUGUUCCGCUCCGAGCUCUCCGCUGGAGAAAGAGCCCGAAAAUGAGCUCAACAACACUUCAAAGAAACUUCCAGUUCUGCCCCCCAAAGACCCCAUGGCAAUAGAAAGGUCCAACCUCCUCAGCAUGAUGAAGCUGAGCAUCAAAGUAUUAAUUCAGUCCUCCUUAAGUCUGGGCAGGACACUUGAUUCAGAUUACCCUCCUCUGCAGCAGUUCUUUGUCGUCCUGGAGCACUGCCUCAAACAUGGGCUGAAAGUCAAGAAAUCCUUCAUUGGUCAGAACAAGUCCAUAUGGGGACCUCUGGAACUGGUUGAGAAGUUGUGUCCAGAGUCUGUUAACAUUGCCACAAGUGCCAGAGACCUGCCCGGCAUAAAGACCGGCCUGGGGAGGGCAAGGGCUUGGCUGCAUUUAGCGCUCAUGCAGAAGACAGUAGCUGAUUACAUGAAGGCUUUGCUGGACCGCAAAGAUCUCCUGAGUGAGUUUUAUGACUCCGGAGCAUUGAUGAUGGAGGAGGAGGGGGCAGUGAUAGGGGGACUGCUGGUGGGCCUCAACGUUAUUGACGCUAACCUCUGCAUUAAAGGGGAGGAUCUUGAUUCUCAGGUGGCAGUCAUCGACUUUUCUCUUUAUCUGAAAGACGCUGCCAACAGUGAGACUUCAAAAGACGAUGCCAAGAUGACAGCCAUUUUGGAUCAGAAGCACUACAUUGAGGAGUUAAAUCGUCAUCUAAGCGGCACCGUCACUGACCUUCAGGCUAAGAUGGAAUCUAUUGAGAAGACCAACAGCAAACUUGUAGAGGAGCUGACGGCAGCGACAGACAGAAUCAACUCUCUGCGGGAAGAACAGGAACAGCUAAGAAAGGAGAAUGAGACGAUCUUGCAGUCCAGCCAGAAAAAGGAAGAGGCAGCCCUUCAGGACAGCCAGGUGGAGCUGGAGACGUACAAACAGACUCGACAAGGCCUGGAUGAGAUGUACAACGUGGUUUGGAAGCAGUACAAAGAGGAAAAGCGCAUUCGCCAGGAGCUGGAGCGUGAGUUGGAGCUCCAGGUGGGCCUGAAGCAGGAGAUCGAGGUGGCCAUGAAGCUGCUAGAGAAGGACACACACGAGAAACAGGACACGCUGGCAGCCCUGCGGCUCCAGCUCGACCAAGUCAAGACUCUGAACCUGCAAAUGUUCCACAAAGCUCAGGACUCAGAACGUGAGGCAGAAAAAAAGCAGGCGGAGGCUGUGCAGCUUGAGCAGAAGAUGGAUGAAAUGGAGAAAGCCAUGAUGGAACUCGAGCAGAGACUUCAGAACUCGGAGCGAGAGCGCAAACAAAGCGACCAGUCAGACAAAGAUAUGAGGGUGGAGCUGGAAGGAAAGGUGGAUGCUUUGCAGAAACAGCUGUCUGACCUGGAUACACUAAGGCUGGGUUUGGAGAAUGAGCUGCGCACUGAGAGGGAACAGAGACAAAGCCUGCAGAAAUCUCUCCAGCGGGAACAGGACAACAGCAUAGAGCUCCGCACACAGCUGCAACAACUCCAGGGCCUGCACACGGAGCUGCAGGAUUUGAAGCAUGAGAAGCAGCAGCUGCAGCAGACGUGUGAGCAGCAGGAGCAGGCUCUACAGGAGAUGGGACUGCAUCUCAGCCAGUCUAAACUUAAGAUGGAGGACUUCAAGGAGGUCAACAAAGCUCUGAAGGGCCACGCCUGGCUGAAAGAUGAUGAGGCCACUAAUUGUAAGCAAUGCGAGAAGGAGUUCUCCAUCGCACGCAGAAAGCACCACUGUAGAAACUGCGGAGACAUCUACUGCAACAGUUGUUCCAGUAACGAGCUGGCCUUGCCCUCCUACCCUCGGCCUGUGCGGGUGUGCGACAGGUGCCACUCCCUCCUGCUGCAGAGAAGCUCGUCCACAGGUUCCUGACAAAAGACCUACAAGCUUCAACGUUUCUACGAGAGCUUUCUAACACUGCACAUACUCAUCCACUAUGAUUUUUAACGACUCGUGUUUGAAAAAAGUCAUCAAAUCUUGGGGGAAAUGUGAUUUGGUGUUCCAUUUCCACUGUUACCUGAAAUUCAGGAACAUUAGUUCAUCUGUAUUAAACAAGGGGCCACCUUUUAACACUGAUGGGAUGAGUGAUGUGUGUCAAAGGGAUAGUUCACCCCAAAAUCAAAAAUAUAUGUUUUUCUCUUACAUGUGGUGCUGUGUAUCAGUUCAGAUUGCUUUAGUGUUAACUGCAGAGAGUUGGAAAUAUCGGCAGUCUUGAAUAUGUCUCUGACACACCAAGCCAAUGGUCAGCCUGUGUUUCCUUUACUGUUGGCACAAGUCAGCACUUGUCAGCUGCAGAUUCAGCAUGUUAAAUUUGUGUCAUAGCAGCAGCUCAGCUCAAUGCAUGAGAACAGAAACAGAAUUGAGGAAGGCAAAUUAACAGCUAGAGUCAAGAGGGCGUGAGAUGUUAAACUUAUGUUGGGUAAGAUCAUUUUUUUAGCCAAUUAGAUCUUCAGCAGAAAUGGUUCAUAAUGGGUUGUUAUUGUUCGCUAGCACAUGGUAAAUAUCCUUUGUUAUUUUAACAGUGGGUUGUUUUGUUGUAGUGCUUAUGGGCUAACUAGCAUCUUGACUACAUCAUGUCAGUCUUAGGGUUCCCUUUUUUGAAUGAUGAAUAUAGACUACCGCCACCUGUUGGUAUGGAGAGAGCCGUUGUAGUUGUAUGCAGUGAAACGUAAUGGUUGACACACAGGCGACAUCAGGUGACAACAGUUGGCCUUCAUUGCCACUAAUUCUUUGAUGUCUGCAUUUACUCAUGGAGGAAAAGCAUCCUCCUUGGCUGAGCUGUAAUGUUAGCUCGCUGAGUCAAACUAAGAUGCCCACUUCCUUAUGUGGUGGGUGUAGUUUGGCAGAAAGAAAAUAGUUCCUACAUGAAACAGCUAGCAAGGUCUGUGGAUUAUCAUGAGUAACCAAGUCGUGAUUUCUGGAAAGAGACAUUGAGUCUUCAAAUACAUUUGUUAGUGCUUUGAGCACCACAAGCUGAGUGCCAUCUAGUUCUAUUAUAAUCCCAGAGAAGGCAGCCCUCUCUACAGCUGAUAUCUCAAACACUCAGCAACAAGAUUGAUAAAUAGAACUACAGGUGAGAGGAAAAGAAUUUGUAUUUUUGAUUUUGGGGUGAACUGUCUCUUUGAAGAUACUCAAGGUAGCCUGGAGGUUGAAGUAGUUUAGGAUAUUUAUGUGAUCAAUGUUUCUUUGGGCUGGAAUAACAUCAGUUUUACAAUUUGGCAUCAUAAACUGACCAUUUUAAGUGUGUAACUUUUCUAAUUCAAACUGUGGAUGUAGAUUAUGUUGAGAUCCAUCAAGGUUCCUGUUGGUUUCUGAGGGUCACUUGUGUGAUCUUUAGUAUGAACUAUUCAUUGUACUUCACUUUGAUAUAAUUCCAACUUGUCAUACAUCUACUCUGUAAUAAUUUUCACAGCUACAGCGCCACUGCUGGACACAUGCAAAAUUAUUGUGUAAAUGACUGUAGAAUGUUAACAAAUCUAACUAUUUUAGAAUGUAUUAUUACGACAGGGUUUUGCGGAUUGUGUCAACUGCAACAAAGCCAUUUUCUUAAUUAAUUUGGGAAUGGUGACCAAAAGUUUUUUAUCUAGAUAUUUGUUAAAUGAAUAAAACCUCCUUUUUUGCAA